AUGGCUGGUGGUCUGUCGACUUGGACUACUUCUGCCCUCACUGCCUGGUACCCCGAUGCACCUACUGCCAGUAUGCUGCUCAAGGAUAGCGGCAUUUGGCCACGGCUGAUGGUGGAAAACGACCAACAAAACCGGACGACUAUGGACUGA